GAGUGGGCAAAGAGAGCCCUAACCAGUGGGCAGAACAAUACACAAACCCCAGUGGAGUUUUGAUUCCGUGCCCCAAAACCCAAUCUUUCCUGUUAUCCCCGUCAUCAAUGACUACCACUCGCCCUCUCCUCCUCCCUUAGGUCUCGAUUUGAUCGAUCGUUCCUCUCUCUCUCUCUAUCUGUCUCUCCACACUUUCUUUCUCUCUCUAGUUUACCAGUAAUGGCAGUGCGUCAGUGGCAGUGCAAGAAAAGAGGGAGAGAGUUUUCAUCGGGAAGGUAAAGCUUUUGCUUUCCCACAAAGCCUCUCUCUUCUUUCUCUAAGAUUGUCUUCCUCCUCUUCUUCAAAGCUCAUCAUCUUCUCCCUCUUCCCUACGCUUUGUUCCCACCUCAUAUACAUAUAUAUAUAUAUAUAUAUUCUCAACUGAUGAAGUAGAGAGAAAGACAGAGAGAGAGAGAGAGAGAGAGAGUAUUAAUGGGGCUCAUGACCAGAAGGAUAAAAAUCCAUUUUCCAAAGGAGCUCUGAGCAGGCUUUCUCAGGCCCCGGCUUAGAACAGAACUCGUUCAAUAGUCAAUACAAACUGACUGGUACUUCGAACUUUCUGUGUAAAAGGCUGAAAAGAGUAAGCAUAAAUCUCGGGAGAUCACUGCUUCUAAAUCAUCCAACAAAAAAGAGAAAAAGAGGGCUCAUUUUCUGUGUGAGAAAGAGAGAGUGCGUUAUAAAGAGAGAUGGUCAUGGUUUAGGGUUUUCAUAUAGUAAAACUAAGGAGAUCAAACAAGAGCGUCAAGAAGAGAGAGAGAGAGAGAGAGAGAGUAAUGGAGGGCGAGGGUGGUUCAAGUAGCAAUUCAUGUUUGAUGGGUUUCGGAGAUAACAGUAAUGGACUAUGUCCAAUGAUCAUCAUGCCUCCUCCAGUGACUACUAAUAAUGUAGACAACAAUACCCUAUUUCUUCCUCUACCAGCUCCUCCUUCCAACAGUCACGACCAAAACCGCCGUGCGACCACCAGCGGUUCUUCGCUGAUGCACCAACAAGACCACAACCAAAGCCUCGCCGGAUGCUUCUUCAUGGACAACCACACCAACGAUGACGGCGUCUCAUCUUCAGUCAAGGCCAAGAUCAUGGCCCAUCCUCAUUACCACCGUCUUUUGGCCGCUUAUAUCAAUUGCCAAAAGAUAGGAGCUCCUCCAGAAGUGGUGGCGAGGCUGGAGGAGGCCUACGCGUCGGCCGCCGCAGCAGGCCGCGCCGGAACGGGUUGCAUCGGCGAAGAUCCGGCGCUGGAUCAGUUCAUGGAGGCAUACUGUGAGAUGCUGAUCAAGUACGAGCAAGAACUCUCGAAGCCCUUCAAAGAAGCCAUGCUUUUCCUCUCCAGAAUUGAGUUCCAGUUCAAAGCCCUCACAGUCGCUUCCCCAGACUCUGCUUAUGCAGAUGGUUUGGACAGAAAUGGAUCGUCCGAGGAAGAGGCUGACUUGAACAACAAUUUCAUAGAUCCCGAGGCAGAGGACAAAGAAUUAAAAGGCCAGCUUUUGCGCAAGUAUAGUGGCUACUUGGGCAGUCUGAAGCAGGAGUUCAUGAAGAAGAGAAAGAAAGGGAAGUUGCCUAAAGAAGCUAGGCAGCAAUUGCUGGAAUGGUGGAGUAGAAAUUACAAAUGGCCGUAUCCAUCUGAGUCACAGAAGCAGGCUCUCGCUGAAUCAACUGGAUUGGAUCAGAAGCAGAUAAACAACUGGUUCAUCAACCAGAGGAAAAGGCACUGGAAGCCGUCGGAAGAUAUGCAGUUUGUUGUGAUGGAUGCCCCACAUCCCCAUUAUUACAUGGACAAUGUUCUGGGUAAUCCCUUUCCCAUGGAUCUCUCUCCUGCGCUCCUGUGAAGAGCAUGAAUGAUGCUCUCUUUGUACCGUUCGAUUCGGCGGCUUAGCCUUAAUUGCAGAUACUGUGCCAUUCACUGUUUAAUUGAAUGGUUUCCCGUUAUCUCUUGUACUGGUAUUAUAUUCCUAUAUAUAUAGAUGCUUGAAUAUAUAUAUAUAUAUAUAUAUAUGUGAGAACACUAAUGCAAUGUGUCUUAUCUUUAUUUAUA